AUGUCAAAUAUCAAUAAACCUUUUUCACAACAACCAAAUGGUUUUAUGGGGUUCGGUCAAAACAACCAACAAACAGGAUUUGGAAAUAACACACAACAAAUAAAUGGUUUUGGAUCGUUCUCAGGGUUUGGUUCUAAUCAAACCCAAAACACUGGAUUUGGUCAACAAAGUCUGUUUAAACCUUCCUCUCAACAACAAACUGGAUUUACAGGUUUUGGACAACAAACCCAAAACACAGGGUUUGGAUUUGGUAAUACAAUCGGAAAUUCAUUAACAUCAGGAUUUGGACAAACUAAUACACAACAAAAUGGUUUUGGUGGAUUUGGACAAAAUAACCAACAACCAAAUGGGUUUGGGUCAUUUGGUAAAACUAGUUUUGGUGGAUUUGGAAAUAAUAAUACUCAAACUAAUACUUUUGGUGGAUUUGGACAAACAAAUAAUCAACAAUCAAAUGGGUUUGGUGGAUUUGGAUCAUUCGGGCAAACAAAUACUCAGCAAAAUAGACUUAGUGGAUUGGGGUCAUUUGGAAAUACAACAGGAUUUGGACAAAAUAAUACUCAGCAGAACCCUUUUGGUGGAUUUGGGCAAACAAACAAUCAACAAUCAAAUGGUUUUGGAUCAUUUGGGCAAACAAAUACACAAACAAGUGGAUUUGGAAGCACAACAGGUUUUGGACAGACUAGUCAACAGCAAAAUGGAUUUGGUGGAUUUGGAAAUACAACAGGUUUUGGACAAACAAAUAAUCAACAAGGUGGAUUUGGAUUAUUUGGACAAACAAAUGCACAGUCAAAUGGGUUUACUGGAUUUGGAAAUACAACAGGAUUUGGACAAACAAAUACACAAACAAAUGGACUUGGAUUUGGUGGAUUUGGAAGUGCAACAGGAUUUGGACAGACUAAUCAACAACAAAAUGGAUUUGGUGGAUUUGGAAAUACAACAGGAUUUGGACAAACUAGUAAUACACAAACAAGUGGAUUUGGUGGAUUUGGACAAAAUAAUCAACAAGGAGGAGGAUUUAGUUCAUUUGGACAGAACAAUAAUCAGCAAUUAGGAUUUGGAAAUACAACAGGAUUUGGACAAACAAAUUCAUUAACAGGUUCAGGGACAUUUGGUAAAUUAGGAUUAAAUCAAACAAAUAACCAAGGAAACUUGUUUGGGGGAUUUGGAAAUAAUGCUUCUUUUGGUACUUCAAAUAUCUCAAGUUUUGGAAAUUCUACUAGUAAUGUGUUUACAUCAACAAAUGGAAUUGGUUCAUUAUCAACAGGAAAUAUUAAUGGGCUCUCUUUUCAAUCACCUCAGCAACAAGGAUUAACACAACAACAAACAUCAGCAAUUAUUGCUGAUAUGGCACAAAAACAGCUUAAUGAAAAACAAAAGAAAGAAGAUAAAGAAAAGAAAGAAAAAACAAAAGUUAAACACCCAGAAGUUCAUAAAAAAGCUGUAGUAAUGAUGUAUCAAUCUUUAAUAAGAGAUUUAAAUAUAACAAAUGAAGAAAAUAAAAACAUUAAAGAAGAGGAUAAUAAAAAUAGUACAAAAGAAUCAACUCAACCUAUUGAAAUGAGAAAAAGUUCAAUACCUAUUUUUUCAAAAGCACCUGUUAUGAAUAAAAGUGGAUAUUUUAUGGUUCCAUCAAUCUCAGAACUAAGAGAAUUAGAAGAAGAUAAAUUAAAUAAUAUCAAGUCAUUAACAGUUGGAAAAAGUAAUAUUGGUAAAAUUGAAUGGAAAGAUGUUGAUGUCAGGAAUAUUAAUUUUGAUAUCAGUGUUAUUAUUAAUGAAAAGAAUAUUGAGGUAUAUCCUGAUGGAACAUUAAAACCAGGUGAAGGAGAAAAAUUAAAUAAAUCUGCAACUAUUACAUACUUUGGAGGAUUAAAUGAAAUGGAUGAUAAAGAACUUGAUUCUUUUGUUAAAAAACAUUACCCUUAUGUCACUAGUUAUACAAGAGAUGAUAGUGUAAAAGAAGUCACUAUCGAAGUUGAUCAUUUCUAA